AUGAUGCUCAAAGCAGAAAAGAAGCCGAUUCAUGUUAGGAGCAUUUUCAUUUCCAUUGUCACAUUAUCACUAUUUCUGCUACUCACCGGAUACUGUCUUCACAAACCUCUUCCCGAUGGAUUCACUGUUACACAAUGGGAUCGAACUGUGAUGCAUGUGGUCGAGCCAGCUCUUCGAGUCGCCUAUUAUUAUCCAAGUCGAAUGUUCUCAAAGGCAAGCAACAUGGUCUACUGGACACGUGGCGCCCUCAAUAUCCUUUCGAAGACAUUGGGGUUACUCGUCGACACUCAAGGACAAAUUGAUAUCGAAUGGCAGAAUUGGAACGGGACACCAGUCAAAAUCUACCGUCCAAUCAACAACCAAACAUCAACCGACGGAGCUGUUAUCUUCAUUCAUGGCGGUGGAUUCGCUCUGGGAAAUGUGGAAAUGUACGACUCGUUGGUAGAGAGAAUGGCUUUCGAAAUGAAGACGCUUUUCAUAUCAAUCGAAUAUCGUCUUUCACCUGAAACUGUCUUCCCAGGCGGUAUUCUCGACUGUGAGGCAGCCAUCGACCACUUCUAUCAGUUCGGGGAAAUUCAAUUCGGAGUGAACACAUCGAAAGUUGUCAUAAUGGGAGAUUCAGCAGGAGGGAACUUGGCAACCGUAGUUGCUCAACGUCGAGUUGCACGAAAAGCACUUCCAGCAUUGGCUGGUCAAGUUCUCAUCUAUCCACUACUUCAAAUGGCUGAUAUGCAAACCGUUUCUUAUCGAUACUUCCACACCCGUCUCAAUGGAUAUGCACUUGUUGAUCCGGAAUCUGUUGCAUAUUACUAUAUGUUUUAUGCUGGAAUUGAUAUGGAUGAGAAAGCGUAUCUGAUUCCAAGUGUUGUUUCGAACGGGCACGUUGCCAAGCAUUUGCACAAGGACGUUGAAGAGAUGAUGUCCUACCGAACAGUCAUCGAGACUACUCGCAACUACAAUAAUCACAGCAUUUCUGAAAGGUGGCAAAUCGAGAGGAACUAUGAGGCACAGGAUCUGAUGAAGCCAUUUCUGACGAACCCUGAUUUUUCGCCGCUCAUGAGAAAGGAUUUGUCGAAUCUGCCGCCAACGAUGGUGAUCACUUGCGAGUUUGAUGUUUUGAGAGACGAGGGACUCAUUUACGCAAAAAGAUUGGAGGCAUCUGGAGUCCCAACAACAUCAAUCCAUUACGAGAAUGGUUUCCAUGCGAUGCUCAACUUCCACAGUGAACUCCACGAGGCUUCGAAAUCCGUCGAAGAUAUUGAACAAUGGACACUCAAUAUCAUUAACAAUGCCUAG